AUGACGGCCACUGAAGACCUACCCACAGAUCCAAUCAUCUUUAAGGGUAUCAAAGCCCUCACGCUCGCCGAUCCUCAGCAGCAAUCACUCCUACGCCUGGCGCUUGAAGGAAUAAGCGUCUACAGCCCACAUACCGCGGUCGAUGCAGCGCCUGGCGGCUUGGGCGACUGGCUUGCAGACAUCGUGACGGGUACGUUGCCUGGUCCUGAACCACAAACACACACGGCCGAAGAGGGGCGAGAGCAGGCACCAACCCUCGAUGAGAGUGAAAAGCGGCACAAAUCAGAUGAACAAGAGAAGCAAUUCAAGAAGCCUAGUAGGCCCUCACUACUCCAAAGAGCAAGCACCUACUCAAAACCAACAUAUCCAAAAGCCUCCGACCUCGAUACGACUUCCGACCUCAACCAGUCCGAGAUCGAGCAUACUCGCAGCGUCAUCAUCCCUGUGGAAGGUGUCGCAGGUCAUGAAAACGCGGGCUAUGGUCGACUAGUCGAGUACGCAGAGCCGCAGCCCCUCACGCACCUGAUCGAACGAAUAGCCCACGGCGUUGGUUCACCAAAGGGGUUUCCCGUCGCAAUACCGCAAAGUCAACAGGUCGAGGACAUCAUCAUCAAUAGUGUCGGUGUGUGUGCAGGAUCAGGGGCCGACAUUCUCAAGCGUUGUGAUGCAGAUCUGAUUUUCACGGGAGAGCUUUCGCAUCAUGACGCCCUGCGCAUGACAGAGCAAGGAAAGUGCGUAGUCACACUUUUCCACAGCAAUUCUGAAAGGGGAUACCUGAGUAGUGUAAUGAAAGAUAAGUUGACCAAGGUAUUGAAAGAGGAGUGGGAGUCUGUGAGGACAGGGAUGAAGGCGGAGAUUGAUGGGCGGGAUGAUUGGAAUGAAGAAUGGCAUGAUGCAAUCAAGGACGACGAUGUGCUCGUGGAAGUCAGUGAGAGGGACCGAGAUCCUUUCGGGGUAGUCAUCCUACAGACGAAACAGGAGGGCAAGCCAUUGAGAUGA